GAGGGGCACCGUCGCAGUGACGUGAGAGAAGAAGAAAGUGUUUUGGUCCACUGCACAGACUCGGGUCCGCUGGGCUGCAGACUGAAAGAAGAGACGUAUUUUCAACGACCUGAUCCAGUUGUUACAGCUUUUAUCGUUUAAAUUAGAAGGCCGGCUACCAUGACAACCAAACGUGGACUGAUAACGGACUCAUUCAAAGUGGUGAAGAAAUCAAGAAAGGGGGGAAAACGAGAGAAGAGCCCCACUCCUCCUCCUUCACCACAGAAAGAGGCUGACAGCAUCCAAGAGGAGGAGCAGGAGAAGCUCCGACAGUUUGACCUGGACUGGAGAUUUGGGCCCUGCACAGGUAUCAGCAGGCUGCAGAGGUGGGAGAGAGCAAAGCUUCAUGGUCUAAACCCACCUGAGGAGAUCAGAGACCUGCUGCUGCAAACGCCCGCUGACUCUCACUACAACCUGAGCUUGUGGAAUGAAUAUCCUCUCUGAGGAGGACAUCGACAAACUCCAGUGAAAAUCAAGUUUAUUUAUACAUCAAUACUUUGUUUGAAAAAA